AUGGUUUACCUGGAUUUCUGGCUGGGACCCCGCCGCCUCGGGCACCCGGUUGAUGUCCGCGUGCCCUUCCCCAGCCUGCAGUCCCUCAAAGCCCACCUGGAGGCCAACGGCCUCUCCUACUCUGUCAUGAUUGAGGAUGUGCAGGCGCUGGUGGACCAAGAGCGGAUGGAGAUGCUUCGUGGUCGCCGCCAGUUGCCGCUCUCCACUGAUGCCUUCGACUACACCGCCUACCACGACCUGGAUGAGAUCUAUGCCUUCAUCGAUCUGCUGGUGGCCGAGAACCCCAACCUGGUCAGCAAGCUGGAGAUCGGCCAGUCGACGGAGAACCGCCCCCUCUACGUGCUCAAGUUCAGCAAAGGGGGGACGAACCGCCCGGCUGUCUGGAUCGACACCGGCAUCCACUCCCGCGAAUGGGUGACACAGGCCAGCGGCGUCUGGUUCGCCAAGAAGAUUGUCACAGAUCAUGAGAAUGACGAAGGUCUGGCCUCCGUCCUGGACACGAUGGACAUCUUCCUGGAGAUCGUCACCAACCCAGAUGGCUUCGUCUUCACCCACACCCAGAAUCGCCUGUGGCGCAAGACCAGGUCCAAGCACUCGGGCUCCGUUUGCGUCGGCGUGGACCCCAAUCGCAACUGGGACGCGGGUUUUGGAGGGUCCGGGGCCAGCGCGAACUCCUGCUCGGAGACGUACCGUGGACCCUACGCCAACUCAGAGCCCGAGGUGAAAGCCAUCGUGGACUUUGUGGAGAACCACGGGAACAUCAAGGCUUUCAUCUCCAUCCACAGCUACUCCCAGCUCCUGCUCUACCCCUACGGCUACACCAGCACCCCAGUGCCUGACCAGAGCGAACUGCACCAGAUUUCCGAGAAGGCGGUUGCAGCUCUGUCUUCUCUGUACGGCACUACCUACCAGUACGGCAGCAUCUACACCACCAUCUAUCAAGCGAGCGGAGCAACCGUCGACUGGACGUACAACCAGGGCAUCAAGUACUCCUUCACCUUCGAGCUGCGGGACACGGGGCGCUACGGGUUCCUCCUCCCCGCCAGCCAGAUCGUCCCGACCGCCCCCCCCAGCCAGAUCGCCCCGACCGCCGAGGAGACGUGGCUGGCGCUGAAGGUCAUCAUGGAGCACGCGGUGGACCAUCUCUACUGA